UCACUCGGCCGCGAAACUACCGGUCCAAGAGGGUGCAAACCGCGCAACGAGACUCGAGGAUCCCCUUCACGAUCGAAACGAUAUUUUAACGGGGUCUGAUCACCGUUCACAGAGUAAAAGUGAAUCGAACGGUGGUAGAAAUUAGAAGCUGACGAUAGGCCAUCGUCCAGUGGACACUGUCCAUCCGUAUCCGUAUUUGUGAUCGCCAUUAUUGCUCUUAGGAAACUUUGGGCUAGUGUGACCACCGUCAGGGAAUGAGGUUAUAGAGCAAAGGGAAAUUGAAUGGAAGUGUACUUGCUGGAUCUGGGAAGACUUUUCACAGGGAAUUGGCGGGCCCUCCUCGUCGAGCGAUCCUCGGUGUUCAGCUGGAAUUGCUGCUUGGAUGACCACUCAAUCAGCGUUAAGAUUACUCUAACAGAUCAUUGUUUAUCCGUAUAGAAAAGUCGGGCAAUGAUUGAAUAAUCGUCAAGAAUUUGGAUAUUAGAGAUCCAAGAGUGUAUAUAGAAUCGUUGCAGCUCUUUGGUGUACCAAAAGCCACGGUUUUCCUCAGUUCUUGCUGAGAGAAGGAAGACGUCUGACUGGGAUCAUCGUUGCAAUAGUAUUCUGUGCAAAGCGAUAGUCAGUUUUUGAAACGAGAACGAACUGUGGCUUCCUGAUAGUUCACAGAUUAUCCAGCCACAGUGUAAAGAGAUUCUGGAUCUGAGUAGACGAUAUUAAGAUAGAGGUGCAAUCGUGGGAGGAUUAUUUUCAUUCCACGUAACGAUAGAGAUAUCGUGAAAAUAAAAGAGAGCGAUUAUCGUCGGUUAUUGAACGACUGAUUUUGGUAAAAGAGAAAUAAAAGACUUAAUAUUUCAAGAGCAGGGUCGAUCGAGAACAAACAGAAGCGAUUUGCGAUUUAUUUAAUAGUAACGUCGAGAGCCUUGUAACAGUGGCAAUCGGAAGUGAUAAUGCGCAAAGGAAAUCGAGACAGUGAUUGAUGGUGAACUACAUGUGAGAAAUUAACUGGAACGAGCAGACGAAGUAAUCGAAUAGCGUUGCUGAUUUUUUUGGAAGAAUCGAUCACAAGUUCCGAAUCGACAUGAUAGACGAAGCUGCGAUGUUUGACAUGACGGACGAACUGUUGUUCUCCGCGCUGGGCCUGACCACGGACGCGAGCGUCGAGAGUCAAUUAUUCUCCCCGAACCCGAUCGCCACCGCCUUACACAGCGACUUCGAGGCGUCGCCCUGCAGAACGACGCCGCGCGUCGACGACUCAGAGACCAUCGACGACCACGCGAUCAACGUCAACCCCAUCGAGUGUUACACUGACCUGACUUGCCCCAAGACACCCUGGAACGAGUGGUCCAACAACACCUCCACGUCCUCAGGGUGUUUGAGCGAGCUGAGCGAGUUGGACUCGGAAUUGGAAUGGUGCCUAGAUAAAAGUUGGAACUCUGGGCUCCCGGAGAGGACACCCCUGUGCACCGCUGGUUGCGAGGGUUUUCUACACUUGCCCCUGCCGAGCCCUCAACAAACGUUUCAACACGAGGAACCAUUAUGGGUGCUGGGGAUCGAUUUGAGAGCACUCGAGGAUACUUUGGAAACGAACGGAAUAGACUACAACAACAAUCGACUAGAGGAGAAUCACAUCUCAUCAGCAGCUACCGCGGCACUGGCAACCCACGAUUACACUAAUCGCAGUUUGGCGAACGCGGCGGAGGACCGAUGUUUUCCUUGUACUUAUCAGGGCUGCGUGAAGGUCUACGCGAAGGCGUCCCACUUGAAGGCUCAUCUGCGUCGACACACGGGUGAGAAGCCGUUCGCCUGCACGUGGUCCGGAUGCGGAUGGCGUUUCAGCCGAUCGGACGAGCUGGCGAGGCACAGGCGUUCCCAUUCGGGGGUAAAACCGUAUCCAUGCGAAAUGUGCUCGAAACGAUUCGCGCGCAGCGAUCACCUGGCCAAGCAUCGAAAGGUGCACAGAAAGAACGCUUACCCGUUGUUCCACGGCGGCAGAGGGUUACGCGGCGGGAAGAUGAACAUUCUGCCGACGGAGACUUAGUCGAUCGUCCGCGGACGAAGCUAACUCGCCAAGACGCCAUCGAUCGAGGAGGAGACGUUGAAAGAAUUUUCUCUGUGGUUUCCACGAUGUACUUAAAACGGAGAACUUCCAACGAGGACGGAAAACAUUCUUUCAACGACCGAUUUUAUACCGCCGCGAACGAACAAUCGUUGCGCGAAGUUGAUAAAAGAGAUUACGUCGGACUAUCGUUGUCCAUCUUUAAGACGGUCCAUUGGACCAAAU